CAUCUCCUCCGCCAGCCGGCGCGCGGGGCGGACCGGAGCCGGUAAGGUCGUACCGACCGUUUCAUGUGACGUGGGCGUUUGUGCAGGAAGGGACCGGAGUGUUAACGCUCGCGACCGCGCUGAUGGGAUUAGGGGAGGCUUCAGCGCGUGAAUGCUGACGAGGAGCCCACGAGACAGGCUAUGUGUGUGCACGCAACGACCAGAACCGCGCUCCAUGCAACACGCUACCAGUCUUUACAGCCGCUUUUUGUUUAAACGCCUGGCUCGGAUGGGGCGGGGUGAUGUCCAAGUUCCGGUACAAAGAGAAAGCAAGAGCACGAUGCAGCCGAAUGGGCGCCAGACGGAUUUUCCCGGGCGCGGCACGCAGCGUUGCGACCGUACCGGAGGAUUAUAGAAGUUGUUGCUUUGUCCGGUAAGGAGCCGUGUGCAGUCGCGCCGCACGAUGAGGUCGCUGCUGGCGCUCUCCUGCCUUGUCCUGCUCACGAACGGAACGGACCUAAUCGCCACCGACAGGUCCCCGGCGAGACAGGACAACGGCACAUCCCGGAUCGGCAAACGGUAUUUGAACAUCGGGGACGGUUCUUAUCAGGAAUUCGAGUUUCCCGAGAACACCAAGGGCGUGAUUGUGAUUUCCUGUCGGUAUGGGAGCGCCGCGAGUCGGAAGGGCCGGGAGAGCUGGAAGCAGACGGUGCGCGUGCGUUCUCUAGACCCAGAUGUUCUGUCCAUCUUGAACAUUAGCGAUAGCGGGCACGCGGGGCCGCUGAGGAGUUACGUCAUCAGCAUCAGGUCGGGGUUGGCGGGCACUGCGCCUCUGCUCAUACAGCUAUUGGAUCUGGACCAGAACUCCCAGCCGGUUUUGAUUGAGGAGCGGACUGACUACUCCAUCAGGGUGGCGCCUGGGACGGACGACCCCACCACGCGCCUCUCCCACUUCACCGAGAACCCGGUUCUGUUUGCCUUACUGCCACUCAUCUUCAUCAACAAGUGUGCGUUCGGCUGCAAGGUGGAGGGGGAGGUUCUGCGCGGGCUGGUCCGGCGACCCGCUCCCCUGCUGCUGGGCGUCGUGGGCCAGUUCCUCGUUAUGCCGUUGUACGCCUUCGCGGUGUCUCGCCUCCUGUCCCUGCCCAAGGCGCUCUCUCUGGGCCUGGUCAUCACCUGCUCCGCCCCCGGAGGGGGCGGUGGCUACCUGUACAGCCUGUUGCUAGGAGGAGACGUCACUCUGGCCAUCUGCAUGACUCUGGUGUCCACUGUAGUUGCCACGGCAGCGAUGCCGCUCUCCUCUGCACUGUAUGGGCGCGUGCUGGGCGUUCACGCUGCCCUGCACGUGCCCUUUGUGAAGAUUCUGGGCACUCUGCUGUUCAUCGCCAUCCCCAUUUCACUGGGCGUGCUGGUAAAACUGCGAGUGCCCGCCCUCACCCGCGUGCUCCUCGCCCUGAUUCGCCCGUUCAGCUUUGUCCUCAUCGUAGGCGGAGUCUUCGUGGCCUGUCAGAUGGGCGCGUCCAUCCUGGCCAGCGUGCGAGUGCCCAUUGUGCUGGCGGGCGUGGCAGUGCCCAUGGUGGGUUUGCUGGUAGGCCUGGCGCUGGCACGAGCGGUGGGGCUGCCCGGGCCACAGUGCCGGACGGUCAGCAUCGAGGUGGGCGUGCAGAACAGCCUCCUGGCACUGGCGGUCAUGCAGCUCUCCUUCCGUCGGGCAGAAGCGGACUACGUUUCCCAGGCGCCCUUCAUCGUGGCCAUCAGCAGCACUUCUGAAAUGCUGCUGAUUGUGCUCGGACACGUCACCUACCGACGCUUCUGCGAGCCGCCCGCUGACCCCUCCGCAGCCUGACUCGACCCGACCCGACCCGGCCCGGCCCGGCCUGGACUCCAGAGCUCCUUACCCACGCUGCCUUGGGCACAUGCUGCACCCAGCACAGUGAAUGAAGUGCAUUGUUUAUUUUUGUCUUGAAACCAAAGGUCGUUUUUUUUGUUCCCUUUUUAACCAGAUUUUACUGAACUUUAUGUAAAUAUUAUCUAAUGAAACUCACACAGAUUGGCCUAUUUUUCUAUAAGAUUUGUCUGUUUUGUAAUUGAAGUGGUUUAUUUGUAUUCUGUUUACAAAAGUUGUGUGUGUUUUUGGAAAUGAGUGUGUUUGAGCUGUGAUUUGAGCUCUGUGCUAGUGAUUGAUAUUCCAGAGGGAAGUGUUGGAAUCCCUCUACUUGAAUAAUUUGCAUAAAAUGUGAAUAAAUGCAUUUUGCAAAGCAA